GCCUCAGAGAGCUGGGUCUUUCCAAAGGAUAUCAAGUGCAGUGUAAGCUGCAGAUACCUGCUCAGCUGGAUAAGCCUUUAAUCAUGGAAAGAAGGCUUAUAAAGAAGGAAAUGAAAAAGCUCCUGGGAGAUUAUAUUGGCAUCAGACUUCGGGAAAAUGAAUUUGACCCAAAAGGAAGAAGGCAACUCACCUUUCUAGAUGAUAUGGCACACUAUGACUUGGCCAUCAGCGUUGCUUUGCAAUGGCUGGACCACUCAGAAGACUUAACUUGGCUGGAGUGGGAGGAAGUGAAAAUGCCUUUUUGUGGCAGACCCAUCUACCCAAAUCGUAGAGAACGAGAAGCAAUGAUUUUAUCAUCUUAUGCCGGAAUCUUAAUGAACAGUAUCCCAAUUGAGGAAGUCUUUAAAAUUUAUGGGGCUGAUUCUUCCGCCAAUUCUGGUACUACCAAGGUUCACCGAGCUCCCUCUUUCCGUCUCUCCUUGCACCCCUUUGCCAUGUUAACAGCACCCAAAGCAGCAGAAUAUGCCCGCAAACACAGUGUCAAGUCAAGAAAGGGAGCAGCAACAAAUAAAAAGACCACCAGCUCGACAAAGGAAGCAAAUGCCACAGAAUGGAAAUUAUCAAAAAGAUUUUCAGACACACAGCCGAAGAGCAAAGUCACUUAGAAACUUGGAAUUGAACCAUGGAACUUCAUAAGUUUCUGGGAGCAGACAAGAAAUAUCAUCUUAAAACUGCAGCUCUUGCCAGCACAUUUUUCUUUACAGUUAGCUUUUGAUGCCAACUCCAUUGAAAUGUUAUUUUUGAUGUUGAGUUUUCUUCUCUUAGAAGCACAUUGCACAGCUACAUUUUGAUAAGAAAAAAACGUGUGCAUCUUAUGUCACUUCAUUGUGACUGGAAUACUUUUGGAAAAUUCAGAGAGUAUAUAGUGUUUCUGUGUCAGAGCUAGCUGGCUUUGUAGCAUAUUUUACAAAUGUGUAGCAUUGAAUAUUGCACGGUGGUGGAGUAGGAGUCAGUUUUCCAAAGUUUUAAUCCAAAAUAAAAUUGAUAUGUCAUUGAUUGCCUUUACUAUGUUCACAUAUGGGAAAAAAUUCAAAUCAUUUCAAUAAAGCAUUAAAAGAAAAA